AUGAAACGUGACAAUUCAGAACGAGGCACUCCUCAAGAAAAGAACUGCUUUGACACUGAGCCGCAGCGAAGCCGCUAUCCAAGGAGUCCGUCUCGCUCACAGAAUUCCUCACGACAGCCACGACGAGCCCUGUACACUCGUGAGUUGCUACCAAAAAACGCAGCCGUGAAACAUGACAGCGACGGUGCCAAGAUUAUGGUUGUCUCCGAUCCUGCCAAUACAUUGGAGUGGGUGCCUUGGGAGCCAGACUCUGCACUAUCGAGAGGCGUUGAACCGAUGAGCUUAAAUGACCCAUAUAAUGGCUCGGGACCCGAGAACCCUGAGCCCCCAAAGAUAUUUAGGGCACCAAACCCUUACGUCUCGGAUGAUAGCGAGGAUGAGCCGGACACCAGCGAGGAGCUAGAAGCAACUUUCACGAAUAGUGACGAAGAUAUCGACCAAGUCUAUGAACUACCUUCCAUAGACACGAACGGUAUCAUCGAAGUAGACAACCUCCACGGAUAUAAUCCAAGAGCCUGA